AUGGCUGGCGGACAAAGCAUUGGCAGCGACUGGUUCUACGUGGCGUGGUGCGCGUUAAGCUUGCUUCUCGCAAUCCUUUGCGAUUCGGAAGCCCUUCUUCACGACCCUGCUACAUACGGCAAGGUUGAACCGGUCGUCAAUUGGCCUCCGCCCGUCGUCGUUCGCGCGUUGCAUCAAUGGGGCAACGAUUUUGAUCCGUUGUUGCAGGCUCGUCCAUUGUGGUUCAAGGUAUGUUUCUGGAUGGAAAUGACGUUCCAAGUGCCGUACUACAUUGUGGCCAUUUAUGGCUUCAUCAAUCGCAGCGAAUGGUUGCGUGUGCCGACGUUGGUGUACGCGGCGCAGUCCAUCACGGUCAUGGCGAUCGUGUUGACAGAACAGUUCGUGGGAGAAUUCAAGACCUCUGCGCCGCUGGUCAUUCUUGGCUCGUACUUGCCAUUUGCGAUCGUGCCCUUCUUCUUUUUGAUUCGCGCCAGUGGCCCCACCAUGUUUGGCAAACCCCUCAAGUCCAAGAACGCCUAA